CGCAUGCUCUCGAGGCAGCUCCUCCAGAGAGAGCUUUCCUCCCGCGACACGCACUCCACGUCCACGGUGUCUCGUGCGGUCGCGAGGUUAGGUCCGCCGCGUUGUACACACUCGGGGCCCAUAGACACAAAACGCGCGACAUGCUGGCCCCGACGCAGCUCCGUCUCUGUGCGCGCCUCGUCGUCCUCUCGUUAUCGCAGUAACGAGUGCAUAGCGAGACUUAGCGAGCAUCGCUUGUCAUAGUGUGUACACACAAUGCACGCCGAGUCGUCGCUCGCGCCAUCGAUGCAGCAGCAGCAUCAGCAGCAGCAGCAGCGAGUCGUAGCGCUAGUAGGUUAGGUUAGCGCCGGUUUCGGGGGGAGAGAGAGAGAGAGCAGGCGCGCGAACCGUUUGAAUAUACACAACACGCAGCCAGUCAGCCGCGCGCGCGCUACCGCGUUAGACCUGUCGCGGCGCUCUCUCAAGUGAUACCGCCGCGCACGUACCUGCGCCCGCAGUCGUGAUCCUUCGUCUCUCUGCGCCUCGUUGCUCCCAUCUGCAGAGAGAGAGUUGCAUACGUUAAGCGCAGCGAUGGACAACUCGGCUUACGUGCCGAACCAGCUACCGCCGCCCCUGGUCGUCUUCUCGCAGGCCGGGGGUUUCAGCGAGGCCGCGCUCAGAAUGCAGAGGCCCUUCAAUCCCCAAAUCGGCGAGUCGAAGGACCUGCAGAGUCCGUUCGGCCAGGCGGCAGCGGCAGCCCAGCUCGACUACCGGCUCCACCACAUGCUGCACCUGCAGCACCAGUUCCUGCACCCGCUCGAUCACCGGCUACCCUUCGGCAGCGCGUUCCGGCCACUGGCGCCCUCGGCGUUCGCGCCGCCCCAGAAGCGCCUGAAGCUCGAGACGGAUCCUGGACCGGCGAGCGCCGGAUCGACGGGUGGAGGUGGUCCGGCCGUGUCGGCCGCCGCGGGCAUAGUGCCCACCGGGCUUUCGAGCCUCGGCUCGCUGUCCAGCAUGUCGAGCAUGUUCUCGCCGUCGGUCGCAUCGCAGGCGGCCGAUCUCGCGCCGCAGAGUCCGGCGAACUCGACGAGCAGGUCGCCCACCGGCAGCCAGGCCGGCUCGGCCCAGACGCCGGGACUGGGCGUCGGAGGAGCCGGAGCCGGACAGCAGAGCGACGAGCAGGAGAGGGAGGCCAGCGCGACCCCCUGCUCGGAGAACACCGAGAGAUCCACGCCGGAGGAGGGACGACCUUACCGCAUGGGGAAUGUGUUCGGGGGCCGAUGCGGCGCGGAAGCGUUGGGUCUCGGCCUGAUGUCGCUUAACCCGGCCUACAGGUUCGCUCUGCCCCCGGGGCUCGCUGCCAAGACCACCCGCUGCCUUGUAUUCGACCAAGGAAAGAAAAAGUUCUCGGCCGACCCGACCUGCUGCCCGGUAUGCGGCGUAACGGUGAGGCCCCAGGAGCUGGAGCAGCACUUCCUCCAGGAGCUGGACCGUCUUUACAAGCUGUCCUCGGCGUCGUCGAGACCGAGGCCGCCCCGACCGGGUCUGCCGCCUUCCGGACCCGAUCACGGCCACGGACAGCUGUUGCACACGCCGUCGGCCGCAGACGGCACGCCGAUCGGCAGAUGGGAGACCUACAAGCGCAUCAAGGCCAACAGACAAGCGCGCAUACGCAUAAAGAACCGAAAGAGGAAAGCAGACGAGCCCGCUUGCCCGGUGUGCAGCGAGCGACUCUCCGGCUCCGCGGAGGAGCUCAACCACCACGUCGAGCGAUGCCUCAACAAACAGAACGGUAACCCCGACGACGAGGAGGUCGACGUCGAGGGCGACGCCGAGACCUUCGAGGAGUACGAGUGGGCCGGGCAGAGGAGAGUCAGAGCGUCCUCCAUGCUCCUCGGCGGCUAUUCAGCCGCAGGCCUGGCGACGUCGUCGUGCAAUCGGUCGAGCGGACCUAACGGCUCGAGGGAGGCGGCGCAGGACGACGAUGACGUGGACCUAGUGGUGGACGGCGACGAGAGCGCGCAAUUCGGCCCGUCGCAGUACACGGAGGCCGACGUGAUAACGCCGCGUCUCGAGGGCUCCGCCCGCGAGCAGAAGGAACGGGAGGCUCUGCGCGAGGCCGUCAUAUCCCCCGGCGGUUCUCAGCAGCAGUCGUCACAGCAGGUCGAGGUGAAGACGGAGCCGUCGGCAAGCCCCUGCUCGACGUCUCAGCAGCAGCCGCUGCAGACCGAGGGCGAAGACCUGACGACGACGACAAGCGCCUCGCCCAACUCGACCACGCAGCUGCUCGACGCGAAGAGCGAGCCCGAGACGCCGGUCGUCGAGGCGCUCCGCGGACGCAUCAGAGAACUCGAGGCCGAGAUGCGCGGACAGGCGUUCAAGUGUCUCAUCUGCAUGGAGCAAUACAAAAAGCCCGUGACUUCCGUCUGCUGUUGGCACGUUCACUGCGAGCAGUGCUGGCUUCACACUCUGGGGGCGAAGAAGCUGUGCCCGCAGUGCAACAUGAUCACGUCGCCGUCGGACCUGCGACGGAUCUACAUGUGAGAGCGCAGCUCCCCGAGCCGUGAAAGCAGCCGCCGCCGACGCCGCUGAACCGGACUUCUCUCUGUCCUCCUCUUCCUCCUGUACAUUUGUAAAUUACCUUAUAAAUUAACGAAGCAAAGCCGAUCCUCUUUCCCUCCCUAUACCUUCUCCUCCUCCUUCUCCUUCUCCUUCUCCUUCUCCUUCUUCUUCUCCUUCUCCUCUUCACAGGCAAACCCGAGCACGCAGCGACACGGACACCCUACGUAUUUAGCUACACUACGACAGUAUAGUAAAUUAACUCUCAGUCUCUAUCACUCUCUCUGUCUCUCUAUCCUGUAGAUGAGAAGCGUUUAACGCCGUUCCUGCGGAUCGUACGUAUAUACAUAUAAAUAGGUAAUCGCGAUAUCAUCGCGUACAUCGUCAUCGGAAGGCGGCUCUCGCUCACUGUACACACACCGGGAUACGAUCUGCCGACAGGUCGAGGAGAAGGAUCGAGUAUGGACGCGCUUUCGAAAGUAAGGGAGAGCUGGCCUACUCUUCUUCGCGGCUGCCCUAUUUUUCUAACGAGUUCGCGCGCGAACUUUUUGCGGCCCCGUCUCCGAUAUAAUAUGUAUGUAUACACUUCCCGAAAGUCACGCUAUGACUCUGUGUGUGUGUGUGUGUGUGUGUAUGUUACCGCAACGAGGCGUCGGUCGCACGAGGUGAAACAAUCGUAACGCUGAUUUCGAGUCGCUUAUAUGUGUAUACUUUUUGCGUUCUUUGUGCAUUACGAGAUAAAGAAGACGGUGCGAAAUUCACUCGUCUUUUUUAUCUCGCGCCUCGAUGGAUUUAAUCGCCGCAGCGCCUGCUGUUAAUUGAGCCGGUGGACUGCUGGAAUCCCAGGGAUAAUUUAUUUUAAUUAGUACUCGAUUCAGCGAAUGUUUCUCUCGGUAAAUAAUACUCCCUCUGCAUUGUACCGGUUUAGCUGCGUGGGCGAUCUGUUUCUUCGGCUCCCGUCUUCCGUCGCCGCGUGUAUUUCUUUUUUUUUAUACACACUGUAAAAAUGAGUUCUUUUUUACACUAAUUCUCUCUACUUCAUUUCUUUGUGUCGUCGACGUUGCAUUUACGAGUAAGGGUACGCACCACGCAUAAACACGAGCGAACGAGCUAGCUUCGUUUCGCUCGCUGCCAAAAUCGCACUAUCAUGUUUGUCUAUAGACGUUGCACGCUACUAAGCAAAAAAAAAAAUGAAGCAUUUAAACGAAGGAAAGUCAUACGAUAGAGAACGAUGGGAGAGAUGCGAAGGUGAACAAGUUAUAGAUAGUAAAUUUUCUUCUCCCGCUCUUGACUAUUAUGCAUUUUCUCGAGAUCGUGUGUAGUGAAUAAUGAAAUCAAAGAAAAAGAGAGAGAAAAGCUGUCUUUCGUUCCGUAUUAUGUAUUUCGAGUCGCACGUAUCGUCUGCGACGCACCAGCGUAUAUACACCUUCGAUUUUUUUGUAAAUAAACUUAGAUGAAUCUUUAUUAUAUUACGUAAUAUAAUUCAUGAGAUUUUUUUUUAUUUUACCACACCGAGCAUGUUUCACAAAGGUGGACGUUUUCUUUUACCGCCAACGCAGAUACUACUCGAGCGUAGUAUCGUACGGCCGUGUACGAUCAUAUUAUACUCGCUCCUCGAUAUGAUUUUGUUUUAGUCCCCUGAAAAUUGUCUUCGUAGGAAUUCUUGUAUAGAUCGAAUUGAGUCGCAACGCAGUGCUCGCGAGACGAGAUCUUUCUUUGAAAAAGGGAAAUCGUCCGCCUCUCGCCAGGGCACUGCGCGAUCGUUGCGCGAUUGCGACUUUUCUGUACUCACGUCAAGGACUGAUGAUUAUAUAAAAAUUGUAAAUAUAAACGAGCCGACGUUCGUAUAUGAAAAUCCUGAAGAUUACGAAAGAAAACAAAAAAACAAACUGUGCUGUAUUCAAAAUAAAACGACCAUCAUGAAACUGUA